CUUCGUAGAGAAGCAAAACACUGGGUGACCCGGAACCGGGCGUCGUAGAUUCAUUAGCUUAGCAUAGACCCUGUAAACAGGGGCAACCGAGAGACGGAGAGAGAACCGCAUGCGUUAUUAGGGCCACGUGACCAUAGAGGUUGUGGAGGGGCUGGCGCGGCUGAGGUGACAGGAGUUCAGUGACAGGACAAAAGGCGACGUCGGGCUAGUAGAAGGAGAUGAGAGCUGUGUGCCAGUAUGAGUAUACACUGAGCAGCCGCCUAUAGGGGGAGCUGUCACUGAUAGGGCAUAGUACAGGGGUAUGAGGGACAGUUUUGGGGUUCAGAGCCAGUGACCCCAGAGAGCGGCUGACCAUCACCCCUGGGUGAUGAGUUGAGGUCAGAUCCCUUUUCCUGCCCCCAUCUCACCCACCCGGCCCUCACCAUGUCUCGGUGGCUAUUCCCAUGGUCCAGCUCCAUCAAGACGCGGGCGUGCAGGUAUCUCCUACAGCAUUACCUGGGGCACUACCUGGAGGAGAGGCUGAGCCUGGAGCAGCUGAGUCUGGACCUCUACAAUGGAAGUGGCCGUCUGACGGAUAUACACCUGGACAUCUGGUCCGUGAAUGACCUCCUGGACUCCGCAGGGGCUCCGCUCGAAAUCGUUGAUGGCUUUAUCGGCAGCAUUUCAGUUACUAUCCCGUGGUCGGCGCUUGUCACGGAGAAUUGUACUCUGGAAGUUUCUGAACUGCAGAUUACUUGUCGACCAAAAUAUAGGGCUGGUUCAGGUGGUGCAGAGACUCACAGCUGGUCCUCAUGUAUGACCACGAGCAUGCAGCUAGCCCAGGAGUGCCUAAAAGAGCAGGCUGACGAACCUUCAGAGCCCCCUCAGCCCAUUGAAGGAUUGGAAAUGUUUGCCCAAACUAUAGAGACAGUGCUGCGGAGGAUUAAGGUGACUUUUCUAGAUACUAUCAUCCGUAUUGAGAAUACGCCUGCAGACUCUGCCACAGGGACAGCCCUGGAAAUACACAUUAAAAGACUAGAUUAUUGUGAUGAGGCUGUCAGAGACUCUGGUGAGACCUUCCCUGUGGACAUCCAUCAGCCUCCAGCUUUUAUCCAGAAGAUCUUGCAGCUCAGUGGUGUCUCGCUGCACUAUGAAGAUUUCAAGAACAGGCGGCACACAUCUUCGCCAACACCUGACCCUGAAAUCCCUCCUGAGCCUACUAAGCACACGGAAACGGAUUCAGCUCAACCACCAGGGGCUGCCAAUCCACCAACACAACCUCCUACUAGCCCUACCCUCCAAAUAGGCAGCUGCUCUGGAUGUACAGAACUGAUAAUCAAACUGAAGCAGAAUGACAUGUUUCCCGGACCAAAGAUGGAGAUUGAUGGGAAGAUCGGCUCGCUUCACAUGUUCAUGAAUCCACAUCAGAUCGCUAACUUGCAGCAACUGUUGGAUGCUUUAAGUAUUUCAGAAUCAAACAGUGUUAGGGAGAAGUUGCUAAAGAGUCGCCCUCUAGACAUGGAGGAUUUGAAACUGAUAGAACAGGAUCUGAAUCAGCAGCUUCAUUCAGGACCUGGAUCGUUAUACGUACCAGAUCCGGAACUUGUUUCCUUUCAGAAUUUGGAGAAUGGAGAUAUGUUUUUCUCUAUGGCGGCCAUGACAAACAGCGUCACUUCUGUCCGAUCUACGAAUGACUUAUCAGAAGUGGACCUUGACUCUUCAAUGUACAGUGACUGCAGCAAUCCCCAGUUCCAGGGACCAGCCUUUGCUCCUGGAUUAAUGCUCAGCAGCCCUAGACGUUUUGGAAACUCGCCAUUUUCUGCGACUCUUCCACCAUUGCAAAACCGCCACAAAAUACAAGGUAAACAGUUUUCCUCAUCCCCUCUGGAACCUUUCAAGCCUGAGAUGCUACUGAAACUGACGGUGGGCGGUCUUACUGUCAUGGUGCCACAUAUUCCUACCAACGCCACUAAUGCACAGGAUCCUGCCUGUAUGGGGGCAGCAAAUCGUUUUUUCAAGGAGCUAGGUUAUUUCAAGGAUGGAGCCUUCAGUGGGCGGGACUUUGGCCACCUAAGGGAGCAUUUUCAAAGGGCUUGCCAGCUGAGCAAUGUCAGAGUCACAGCUCUUGCAGUUCAGGUAGUCUGUGAGCAGAGGUCGGGUAAAGGAGCACAGAAAAGCAGUAUAGACCUCAGUUGUGGAACACUGGAGAUUUUGGAAUGUCUCUGGCAAGGAGGCCACAGGUCCAGCAAGGAUAAAGUCCCAGAAUACACUAAGCUCAUGAUUUUUCAUAGUCCAGCAUCCUCGUCUCGUCCCUGUGCUCAAAUACAUUACAAGCGGAUUCACAGGACGCCAUCCAGAAGUAGCCGUAAGAAGCAGUCGGUGAAAGUGAGCGCUGAAAUCAGAGUGGAGUUGGAGGAUUUUAAGUCUGAGUUUGACCUGGGUCUUAUUGACCGGCUGGGGUCCCUCUUCCAAGAUGGAGCCACAAAAGCAGCAAGCCCUCAAGGACCCUUUGACUUGCACCUGAGUGAUGCGACUCCUGCCCCUGAAGAGGAUAUAGAGAUUCAUGUGAUGGCUUCCAAAGCACACAUACAUCUCCAGUUCCCAGUACCAGACUUAAGGCCCCCUGCAGAGCGCCGGUCUUGGGCGCAGAAGGCCGUAAGGAAGGAAUCUCUGGAAAUGGAGGUGGCAGAUUUGGAGAUCAGUACACAAAGGAAAACUGGUGUAGAAGAACCCAGCAAGAUAGAGAUAACAUUUGGGGACCUACAUGGUGUAUUCUCUGAUGGGAACAAGUUACGUGUUCCAUGUCUGAAGGUCAGUAAAGGACUAGAUCCUCUCGCCAAACCAGGGGGAAAGAAAUUCAUCUUCCCCAGUAUUUUAGUGACCCUCCUUCCUGAAAACAAAGCCUUUCCAUGGGACCUGUGCCGGGACAAAAUUGAAGACCCAGAUCUUCCAUCUGUGGAAAGCCCUUGUGAAUUGAAACAGCCUGAACCUUCCCCUUUCUCAUCUAAGAGGACAAUGUUUGAGACUGAAGAGAUGGUUAUUCCAGCUGACCCAGAAGAAAUGGCAGAUUUCCAGCAGGUCACCCUUGGAUCCUCUCAGUAUAGACUUGAGAUCACUCUGCCCAGAGCUCACAUAUUCCUUCCCAGUAAGGAAAUGUAUGAAAACUUGUACAACAGGUUGUGUAAUGAUCUGUUGAUGUGGGAGCCUAUGGUUUUGUUUGAUGCACCCCUGACUGACUCUCUGUUCCCUUCCGAGACACUAUCUAUGCCGAGUUACCAACAGGACACUUUCCGCAUGUGCAAGUCGGCAUUCCGACUAGACUCGGAUUCGGAAGAUGAAGAUUCCCAUUUCUACUCUGUAGAUGACACUUCCAGGUUCAGAAAAGGAUCUCAAGAAGGUCAAAGCUUCUUUUCUGCUGCUAUCACCAUUUUGAAAGGACGCAUUACAGCUUGGACUGAAGCCAAGAAUGAAGGAAACAGGAGGCAGGAGAGCCACCACGGCGAGGUCGUUCUGGAUGUUGAAAAUGGCCGUAUUUUCAGUGUCUCAAAGUACAAAGGCAAAGCUAACCUCAGCUAUCUGUGUAUUGAGUCUGACAUUGUAUCCCUCUAUCACAAAGCCACUGUAGAAGAUUAUUUACCACCAAGCACUCUAGAAAUUCCCACUUUUGUAGCACCUUCAAACCUGAACCCUACUGUAUACAUCUCGGAAGAGGGGGUCUCUGCACAGCUGUCAGGAGCUCGAAAGGAGAAGACCCUCAAGAUGCUCUCACUUUCUGUCCGCAUUGACCUAAACCUUGUGAAGAAUGUGAAGGAAUUCCUGGUGGCUCUGCGACUAGAUGGCGCUACUUUACGUCACCACAUGGCACUUCCAAAUCAAAGCUGGCACAGUCAAAUCAUAGAUUUUCUGGAUGUAGUCGAUGAUCCCAUUUUGGGCUACAGUGCCCCAGCUGUUAUUACUAUACUGCACACCCAUCUCUUUAGCUGUGCUGUGGAUUACAGACCGCUCUACCUCCCCGUCAGAGUCCUCCUUACAGCAGAGACAUUUACCCUAUCUAGCAAUAUAGUGGUGGACACCUCAACUUUCCUCCUCAGGUUUAUUUUAGAUGAUUCCGCUCUUUAUCUGUCAGAUAAAUGUGAAGCUGAGGUUACAGAUUUAAAGAAAGAUUACAUCUGUGUCCUCGAUGUCGAUCUCUUAGAACUGGUCAUCACCACUUGGAAAGGAAACUCAUCGUCUAAACUGACUCAGCCUCUUUUUGAACUGCGAUGUUCUAACAACGUCCUCCACAUUCACACGUGUGCAGACUCUUGUGCCAUGCUUGCCAACCUCACCCAGUAUGUGAUGAACAAUGGAGAUCUGCACUGCCCUCCAAAACCUGAGCCGCCCACUGAGAUUGCAGGACAGAAAUUACAGCCUCCAGAGGGGCCCUCUUCACUACCUCCAUGUUUUCCUGCAGAGACUGCACAGAUUAACCAGGGAGACCUGACUGAUGCCCUUAUAGACACAGGAAGGAGCAGCAAAGACCUUUCAGAAACAGGAGAGCCAUUUCUUCGUCAGAAUUCCCCCGUGUCUGUUUACCUUUUUCCUGAAGAAGUUUCCUUUGUGAAUAGAAGUGCGACCGUCCACCCUUCGCCUCCACCUCCCGAUUCCCAUUUAUCACAGGAGAGCCUUGGAGGCUCAGAUACCAGUGGAGAUAGUGAACUGACAGACACAGAUGAUUUCUGUAUUCUUGAUGCCCCAGGGAUUGGUGUGCCACCAAAAGAUGGAGAACCUGUUGUGAGAAAACUAGUGGAUAGUCCAAUAUUGGUGAAGGAUGGACACUUUUCUCGCCCACUUGGUAGUACCGACUUACUGAAGCCUCCUGCUAAAUUUCCUGUGCCAGAGACACGUAUAGUUCUAAGAGAGAUCUCUGUUGUAUGGCAUUUGUUUGGAGGAAAAGAUUUUGGUAGCAGCAGACCAAACUCUGCAAGGGCACAAUCACCAAGAACAAGAGCGAGUAUGCCAAGUGCCCGUGGUUCUCCAUCUCGAUCCUCUGUGACAAACCGUCCUCAGAACACUUGGAGAACCCAGGGGGGGAACGGCAGGAUCCAUGACAUUUUAAUGGAGAUCCAGUUGACCAAAGUGAGCUUCCAGCAUGAGUCGUAUCUAGCACCUUCUGAGCCUGGGGCAGAAAAGCUCCAAGUAGAUGAUGUGGCAGAAGUUCCCCUUGCUCGUCAAGUGUUUAUAGUCCAAGAACUGGAGAUUAGAGACCGCCUGACAUCUUCUCAUAUCAACAAGUUUUUGUACUUAUAUACUAGUGAAAAGAUGCCAAGGAGAGCUCACUCAAAUAUGCUUACUAUUAAAGCCCUUCAUGUGCGUCCCGAUGCUGGUUUAGGAGGACCAGAAUGCUGCCUUCGAAUGUCCUUAAUGCCACUUCGAUUAAACAUUGAUCAGGAUGCUCUUUUCUUCCUGAAAGACUUCUUCACCAGUUUGGCCUCUGGUAUUCAGCCUGUGGUUGCUAUGGAGAUUGGUUCAGAAGCUUCUCGUAUGGAAAGCCUUCGAAAACAAAGUGCCUCAGACUGUGAAGCAGGACUGGAGAAUUCCUUGGAAUCAAAUGAGGAAGACACAUCAUCGAUUAGCUCCGCAUCUGAUCAGCCAAUUUACUUCAGAGAAUUUCGCUUCACAUCAGAGGUGCCUAUCUGGCUCGAUUAUCAAGGCAAACAUGUAACCACAGAGCAGGUGGGUACUUUUGCUGGAAUAUUAAUUGGACUGGCCCAGUUAAACUGCUCUGAAUUGAAACUGAAGAGACUGUACUGCAGACAUGGGUUGCUUGGGGCGGACAAGGUGUUCUCUUAUGCUCUCAAUGAGUGGCUGACAGACAUCCGCAAAAAUCAGCUGCCGGGAAUUUUGGGAGGAGUAGGUCCAAUGCAUUCAGUUGUACAGCUGUUCCAUGGUGUGCGAGACCUUUUCUGGCUGCCCAUUGAACAGUACAGGAAGGAUGGUCGCAUUAUUCGUGGAUUACAGAGAGGGGCAGCUUCUUUUGGCACUUCCACAGCUUCUGCAGCACUAGAGCUCAGUAACCGGCUAGUCCAAGCCAUACAGGCCACAGCAGAGACUGUGUAUGACAUUCUUUCACCAACACCACCUGUUUCACGUGGCUCACUUGAUGUUAGACAGCCACGUAGACUGAGGAGAGGGCACCAGCCUGCAGAUCUACGGGAAGGGGUGGCGAAGGCCUACGACACCGUACGAGAGGGUGUAAUUGACACAGCGCAAACUAUAUGUGAAGUAGCAUCACGUGGGCAUGAACAAAAGGGCCUGACUGGUGCUGUUGGCGGAGUGUUGCGGCAAAUUCCACCCACUGUAGUAAAGCCAUUUAUAGUAGCCACUGAGGCGACAUCAAAUCUUCUAGGAGGAAUGAGAAAUCAAAUAAGACCUGACGCCCACAAAGAGGACUCUCUAAAGUGGAAGGCAGAUGAAGGGCAGGACUGAAAUGGAAAACGCUCUGCCCUUGAAGUGCCAAAGGAAAGCUGCAAUAUGUGAAGACGUCUGGAGCUUGCAGGGUCUGCGUAUCGAGCUGUUAGUGACCACACUUGGACUAUGAAUGCCACUCCCUACAGUACUUGAGUAUUGCCCAUAAGCCUUCUAUUGAAUAUUUGUAUGUUCUUUCCUGUAACCCUUUCUGCAUUAUCCUUAGAUCAGCACAUCCAUGAAACCUCCUUUGCCGUAUUCUACAAAUCAUAGAAUGACUUUAUUAGGCAAAACACUUUUAAGCACUUUUAAUUGCAAUGGUGGCCUUGAAACGUAGACCCUUGUUCUCUGGACCUUAGCUGUGCAUUAACCUUCUAAGGAAAGACGCUUGCGUUCAUCGUAUUUGAUUUUACUGACCCAUUUAACUGGACAUGAAUGGCGCACAAUGUAGGCCUAUCUUGUCACAUAUGAAGGGACUCUGCGGCCUUGAUCAUCCCGAAUGUUGCUUUUUACGUCUCCCACCUUCCCUUAAUGCUUUCUUCUGAUUGCAAGGCCAAAUAAGUAUAAAUAAUAUAUAUAUAUAAAUAAAAUAUGUAAAAAUACAGUGAAUUGUACACAAGCGGAGGCAGUCGUCAAGGCGUUUUUGUACUGUAUGAUAUGAUGGCUGGUCUGUGGAUACACUUUUAUUUAAAAUGAAUGAAACUAAAAGUUCUCUCACACUGUGAUAUUGUUGAUAGUCUGAAUACAGGUCUCAUUUCACUCUGCACAAUAUUAUAAAACACAUUUACUGGCUUUUACAAA